GGUCGUAUGAUCGUUUGUAAUUUUUUUGGUCUUUGCUUCUUAGUUUGUGUCGCACAAAUCCCCAGACGUACCAUUACCCCCGAAAUUUUGUGGAUUAUACCGGGAUAUUGAAAUGACAAUGGCUUGCCAUUGAGGAGUGGAAACAGCUGAUGGUUAUUGGACGUUUUUGGUGCUAAUUGAGAACUGGAGCGUGUCAGUGACUGGGGAAAUCGGGGGUUUGGGACACGAUGGCGGACUCAGGGGCCUGGGCUCCGGUCCACGAGAGCAACGAAUUUCCCACUUUUCAAGCUAGUGAUAGCUUCAAUCUCAAUGAAAUGACGGGAUUCGAUGAUUUACUAAAAAACUGUGAAAGCGAGCUGAUGAAGAACGAGAACCUCUUCAGUGACGAGACCUUCCUCUCGGACCUGGGUGAGCCAAUCCCCAUGGAGAGUGAUUUUGACUUCCUAACGAUGACAUCAGGCAACGUGACCUCCUUCAAGGAAGAAGACAUCCUGGACAAAUUCGUGGAGCCCAACAUGAUAAUGAUACCCCCAGCAGAAGCCUCCACCCGAAAGCAGUCCCCCCAGCAGGCCUCCCCGCUGCCCCAGCCCCCAGGUCAGCAGACGGAGGCCCCAGUGGCGCCGAGCCAGCGUCCCCAGAGGAUAUCAGUCCUGCAGCAGCCAGCCCCGGCAGUAUUCACCUCCCAGCAGUACACAAUCCCCCAAAACGUCAACUUCAACGUUCAAUCCCCAGUGGUGACGCUGGCCCCAGUGGCAGGUCACCAACGCCAGCUCCUGCUGCCAGCAAAACUCAUAAAGUCCGAAUCCGUGGUUUACCCCCGAGGCUCGCAAACAGUCACCUCAACCCCAGUCCCCCACCAGAUCCACACCCUGGUGAACACAGCCAACGGCACAGUCCUGGCGACGGGUAUUCCAGUGGUCCUGGACACCGACAAGGUCCAGAUAAACCGAAUAAGCACUAACGGAGUGCCCCUGGGUGUCCCCAAGGUGCGAGAGGUGAAGCGAAGUGCUCACAACGCAAUCGAGCGGCGAUACAGGACCUCCAUAAACGACAAGAUAAUCGAGCUGAAGAACAUGAUCGUGGGAGUGGACGCUAAGCUCAACAAAUCAGCCAUUCUCAGGAAGACCAUAGACUACAUAAGAUUCCUCCAGAACUCAAAUGCUAAACUGAAAGCGGAGAACAUGACCCUGAAGAUGACAGCGCAGAGGCAGAACCUGAGGGAGCUGCUGUCCAUUGGAGAACUGACACCACCGAGGUCUGACACGAGCGAGCCUUCGCUGUCUCCAGUCCCCACGAUGCCCCCACUGUCUCCUGCUUCGCCUGCGUCAAUCAAGGAGGAGCCCGAGGGGCUCCAGCACCCGUUGAUGAGCGACAGAACCCCCUCGAUAUCCCCCAAAACCAUCUCAGGAUUGAGGGACAACACUCGUCUCACUCUCUGUGCAUUCCUCCUGAUUUUCCUGGCGUUCAAUCCCCUGGGGAUUGUGAUGCACAAUUUUGGAAGGCUUUCGUUCUCCCAAGAGGAUUACGCAGCAACUCGAGUGGACGGAAGAACCAUCCUGAGACAUGAGGAGGGAAGGGAGAGCGAGGAGUACUUCACGAACAGAACGAUGUGGAGUUUGGAGAACAUGAUCGUCUGGUUUAUUAAUAUUCUGCUUCUGGCUGGGGGCCUCUGCAGAUUGAUAGUCUAUGGAGACCCUGUGAUUCCCACCGAGAGCAAGACCUUCCUGGAGCUGCGUCGCUGGCGACGUCAGGCUGAAUUCAACAUGUCACUGAAUGAGAAUGCAAAGGCCCAGUCAGACCUUGGCCACUGUCUCCGUUACUUCGGGCGUUCCCUCCCCUCAUCGAGGCUUGAAAUCUACAUGGCAACACUCUGGCAGAUUGUUCGCCAGGUUCUCCACAAGCUGUGGAUAGGGAGGUGGGUGUUGAACGUUAGGAAAUGGCUGUCUGAGAGGAGCGAGAGGAAUCAGGCUGAAACGUCAGCAGCAGAGCUGGCUAUUACCUACGAGAGGAUCCUGAGUCUUCGGUUGUCCCAGGGCCUGAGGGAGGGGACGCUGUUCCUGGCGCUGUCCUCGGUGAACUACGCUGAAGCUGCUGGUGAGAACAUCAACAGGAUCUGUCUCACUGAGAUCUACAUCAAUGCAGCACUGGCCUUCAAGCAGUCAAUGUUUCCUCUCGUACACAAGUACUACGUCUCGAAGGGAAAGGCUCUGUUGUCGAGUCUACCAGUUGUUCCUCCUAAAUUCAAGUGGCUGAUGACUGAGGAGGGCCUCAGGUUCCUCACCUCCAACAAGUGGCAGUACUCGAGGCCAGCAGUUCAAUCCACGAGUCCUGUUGACAGCAAGAGUCCUGGCAGUGGUGGGUCCAGUGUUUCAGCUAUUUCGUCGGGAAAUGUCAGGGACAGUAAGUCUCAUGAUGAGUUUACGUCGCAGGGGAGCAGAACUGACGCCCUGUCCUUUGCUGCGAGGGCCUACAGGGAGCACUUGAUCAGUCAGUGUCUGAAAUUAGUUGCUGGAACUGCUGCCAAUGGGGAUGCUCAUGCCUCGGCGAUGCUACAGCUGUCGAAGGCUGUCAUUGACUCGGCUGACGUUGAAUGCCAUUUCUCGGGGGACGAGGGGACCCAGGAGACCUGUGAGGAUGCUGUCGGCCUGUGGUGGGGGGCUGUCCUCUGGGCUGCUGCCUGCUGGAGACUCGGGGAGGAGGACUCCACACCCUGGACCAUGGCUGAGACGAAAUUCCCGUAUGAGAGGAACUUCAAUGAGAGCUCGGGGGGCAGCCCUCUGCCUCAUGCUGUUCUCUGUGUUGUUCAGGCUGCUAAGAGACCCGGCAGCAGGAGCUCCAUCAGGCUCAUCGAUCAGGCUGGGAGGCAUCUGGAACACUCGUUGGUGUAUUAUCACUGCAAGCAGCAGCCGUCCCAGAAUGUUCAGCUCGUUCACUUGUGGCUCUGUGACUGGCUCCUGGAGUUGAGGACUAUUCUGUGGCAGGAGCUGUGGGACAGCCAGACAAGCCCAACACCUACGACAACUAGCACUUUCCUCGCUGGAUUCCAACAUGACUUGGCACGUCUGAGAAAACUCAGUCGAGACAUUCCUUCGGUUCUCCCAAGAAUUUUCCUGUACGAGGCGACAGCAAGAAUAAUGGCCGGUGCAGCCCCAGUAAAAACCCAAAUACUUCUAGACCGUAGUCUCCACCACAGAAACUCCCGAUCCUCCAUAAUCUGUGGUAAAGAUCGAUCGCAGGAGAAUGCGACUGGGGAACGAGAGCACGCAGCCGCCCUGUGUCUUGCCUGUCGACACCUGCCAGCCCUGCUGCUGGCCUCGCCUGGUGAACGAGCUGGAAUGCUCGCUGAAGCAGCCAAGACACUCGAGAGAAUAGGAGAUCGUAAGAGGCUGCAGGAGUGCUACGAACUUAUGCGUCAACUGGGCCCAGCCAUAACUGCUAAUUGAACUUGAUCAGCACUUAUCAAGUCCCCGUGUCAAUAAUUCUCACUAAUAAUUUAUUGUAUAUAAAAAAAGCAGCUGUUUUAGAUUUAAUAGAUUGUUUUUAAGAGGUCUAAGUCAAUCAUUGAUGAUGAUUGUUAAUAAAAUGUUUUAUAAAAUUGAUUGGAAUGGGCCAUUCAGUGUUGCUUCAUCAUAUUUUUAUUAUAAAGCAUUGUACAAAUUA